AAGUUUACUAAUUUUGUUAUAAAAAUGGGCUUAUUCGGUAAAUCUCCCGAAAGAAAUCCAAAGGAAAUGGUAAAUGAAUGGUCUCAUAAACUCAGGAAAGAGGGCUAUAAUUUGGACAGACAAAUCAGAGCAAUUCAAAGAGAAGAGGAGAAAAUAAAAAAAUCCUUGAAGGAGGCUGCGCAAAAAAACGACAAACAAGUGUGUACGAUACUAGCAAAGGAGAUCAUAAGGUCACGAAAGGCGAUUAGUAAAAUCUACACAAGUAAAGCACAUUUAAAUUCAGUACAAAUGCAGAUGAAAAAUCAGCUAGCCACAUUGAGAGUAGCAGGCUCUCUGUCAAAAUCAACUGAGGUGAUGCAAGCAAUGCAAACACUCGUUCGCCUGCCCGAAAUAGCGCACACUAUGCAAGAGAUGAGCAAAGAAAUGAUGAAGGCCGGCAUCAUUGAGGAGAUGCUGGAUGAGACCAUGUCGGCUGUCGAAGAUGAAGAAGAAAUGGAAGAAGCGGCUCAGGGAGAGAUAGACAAGGUCCUAUGGGAACUAACGCAAGGCAAACUCGGCGAGGCGCCAGCACCUCCUUCCGCCGUCGGCCAACCUUCCACCAGCAAAGAAGAAGAAACGGCGCCGCCCGACGAGAGCGAGCUGGAUGAGAUGCAGAACAGACUCGAAGCUUUAAGAUCUUAGUGGAUUCUAGAUUACUCUUGGUACAAAACAUUGAAAGAAGCUUGUGAAAGAUACAAUUCGCGCUUCUCAAAGCGCAGAAUGCCUUACGAAUAUUUUGUAAAUAAACAAUUGUUGUAAUAUUAAGUUCGCACUAGGUACUGUUGUUUACUUAUAAUUUUAUGUGCAUUUUUAUAUUUUAUAAGUAUUUUAAUAUAUGCUAGUAGCUUCUUUUUGCCGCUGGAUUCAAUACAACUAAUCCCAACUGAACACGCGUUACAAAUAUGAAAUUUUGACACGUGAAAACUUUUAAAACGUAUGACCGAACAUAAAAGGGUUCCACAAAUAACAGGCAUCAGGCGUUUACAGUUCACAAAUUCUCGCGAUCAGUCUUCUCUGCUGGAAUCUGCGUUGCGGUUUUGAAGGGUAAGGGUGCUGGUAAAAUUACAGGCAUAUGGGCGCAGGAGGCGCAGUGUCUGUGCUCCUCCGCUCUUUGCGAUUUAAAACUGAGUGGCACUGCAACAGCCGUGUCGCUUACCACCAGGCGCACGACUUGUUCGUCCUAUCAUUGACCUACCAACAGUAUCAUAACAAAAAAACUCAUACUUUGACAGACCCUUUGGAACGCCUCUAUGCAUAAAAAUUUUAGGGUGCAUACAGAUUUGGCGAAUGCGCGUGUUUGCGAAGGCUGGCGAGCUGCACACGUGCAUUACAUUGUGCGAUCUAUUCGCGAUCUGUUCGCGCGUCUCUCGCGUACUACAUAUAUAUGCUUGCUUGCCUAUAGAGUCGCACUUAACUGCACGCGUGUAUUUAGCGGGCGCGCAGCGCACACGCAGUUCGGUCGCGGCGCAUUCGCCAGGUUUGUGCAUACCUUUAUAGAACACGAGAACGACUUAUUGACUUCUGCUUGCGGAGUCCUUCAAUAAUGUUACACGAGAUUGUUCUUUUGAACAACUUUUAUGUCGGAAAAAUUAUAAAUAACUAGUAAUAACAUUUUUAUGUGUAUUUUUGCAUUCUUCCAGCUAAUAAUAUAACCUGCAUGCUGUUCACUACUGUGAAUUGAACUGUAUGUAUUAUUAUUGCGUACACAAAACUGUGUCUCUCAGUACAUACUUAAUUAAAAACAAAAUUUAAUAUGGCUGGACAUAAGGUUUAUAUUGAUUGGUGGAUUAAUGCAACUUUUUGUCUUUUUUCUAUUAGGGAUAUCAGUUCAGCAUUAAGGCUUAUCGUUGCAUGUUGCAAUCGGUUAUGCAGUAGGUACGAAUUGAUUGAAACAAAGUCAAGUGAUAUUUAUUGAUAGAUCAGAUCGUGAUAUAGAUCCAGUAUUUAAGAUGGUUUUAUUUAUACGGUCCCAAGAGUGAUGUCAUACGAUGCGUUUCGUCGGCGUUACGACCAUGUGGUCAGUACUAAAAUGUAUCAGUACGACAUGCCACAUGGUGCGUUAAAACGACGCUCUACCGCAAGCAACCGUUGAAAUCUUAGAGUUGCAACAACGCAACGCCCGGCAUUGCUCUAACGGCCCCAUAUAUGGGACGAUUUGUCUUCACGAUCCGUCGUUUCAGACAGAUCGAAACGACGAAUCAAUAGUGUCGUGAAUAUUUGUGUCGUUAACGAUUAACGUAAACUUUGCCCGAACUUAUGGCCUAUAACCUGAGGCUACAUGUAAUAUGACUUUAAUUUUUAAGUUACGUGUGUGACAUUCUGAAUGUUUAAAGUUGUUUGUGUAGUGAUGGAUCGAUACGAUUAUCGCGACGAUCGUCCGAAACGAAAAAUCGUCUGUAUAUGGGGCGUUACUUUCAAUAUGUAUUCUGAAAUCAACGGCGUAGCAUUAGCACAAACAAACUGUCAAAAGUAUGGAAACUUUACCAUUGAUUAUGACGCUAGUAUGGUUAGAAUACCCGAUAGUCACACUUGCUCACUAUCUGGUAAUUUAUGAGCGUUGUUAAGGCAAUCAAUUUGGAGAACAUUGUUUGUGCUCAUGCUUAGCCUGGACAUCUGUACCUAUAACCUAAGCACUAAAGUAUUAUGAACAUUGUUUACAGCAAUAUAAAUGUUAUUGUUGUAUGUAUAGGUGUUAAAUCUGGUAAGAAAUUACAAAAUCCGAAUAAUUGUGAUGCCUUCGCUAAUAAAAUGUUUAUACGAUAAAUACUAAUGCACUAAAGUUUAGUUUUAUU